CUUAUCGUGACUCAGCACAAAUAGACGUGUUCUUGGAGGACAAAUGGCGGCAGAAAGCGCUUCGGGACAACUGGACGUCGGCGUUCUGAGCGCCGAACAGCGGGAGAAACUGCGCCUGUUCAAAAUCCAGACGAGGAUCGACAAUGAGGAGUACCUGAUGGCGCAUCCCGAAGUGGAGAUCCUGGUUGGAGAUUUUCUCAGAGACGUGCUUCUUAAAAGACCCACUGACAUCUGUGCUUUUGCCGCAGAUCAUUUCACCAACCCAAACCUCCCCGUGCUUAUCAACGCUAAAAUGGAGACCAUAAAUACGGACUGAGAGCUGUUGUGAUGGACUGUCACACAAUAUGAAGGACAAAAAGUAUGAAUUCUAUCCUGUUCCUGUAUUUGUACAAAUAGGACAACUGUAAGUGGAAGUUCUAACAUGAGAAUCUUUUUAGUGAUGUUUGGCUUUGCAUUGAUAUGUUGCAGAAGUUGUUGGACAAUAAUA